CCGUGUCGUAGUCUUCGUCGUCAUUGAAAUUUUGUUAGAGAGAGAGAGAAACAAGAAGGUUCGGGAGGAGAAGAGAGAGAAAGCGCCUGCCAUUUUUCUAUUUCCUUCGCCAUUUCCGCCUCAAAAAAGGGCCAAACAAGUAGCUUUCCCGCUAAAUGUGGAGAUAGCUCAUAGCUAGAUUGCGCCGCCGUCUUGAUGCUAAACUGCGCAGCAGAUCAUCGCACAAAGUCACUUAUUAGGGUUAUGAUUCGCCUUUCUUGUUUAGGUUUUGCUAAGGAUUGGACCUAGUGAAGCUUGAAUUGGGGUUUUUGAGCUUUGUUUGGUGCUUUUUUUUGGGGUUUCAAACGAACACUACAGAAACUGAUAUUGACAUUAUAGUUGCUGAGUGGAAAUGGGGGAUACUCAAGAGGCACACAAUGAUAUGAUGCAAAGGCUACAGUCUUCAUUUGGGACAUCAUCUUCUUCGAUUCCUAAACAAAGUUUGUCCCUUGGUAACCAAAUGGACAUACCCCAUUUGAACACUUCGCAAAUGCGUGCUCGCCAUUUCUCUCAAUUUGCUCAGAAUUUUAGUGGUGAUGGUAGUAAGAGAGUGGGUAUACCACCCUCACAUCCGAACCAGAUUCCACCAGUUUCACCUUAUUCUCAGAUCCCUGUUUCCAGGCCUGUGAGCCAGCAGAUGGGUUCUCAGAAUUUUAGCCCGGGGUCUACUCAUUCUCGAUCUUUGUCACAGCCAUCGUCAUUUUUCUCGCUUGACUCGCUGCCCCCUUUAAGCCCGGCCACUUUUCGCGACUCCCCAUCCGCAUCAGUUUCAGACCUUGUGUCAAUGGAAGACAGGGAUACAACUUCGCAUUCGGUAUUGCCUCCGUCACCUUUUACAAGGGGUAAUUCUCCCAGAGUUGGUGAGGGCUUGCCCCCACGCAAGGCUCACAGGCGAUCUAAUAGUGAUAUUCCAUUCGGGUUUUACAAUGUGUUGCAAUCUUCACCACCCCUCAUGCCUUUAAGAGGUACUGGAGGUUUGGAGCUGCCAGUCACCGGAAGAGAAAAUGCAGGGGCCUCUAAACCAGCUCAGCUGGUUAAAAAGGAAUCAAAUUGGGAGAGAGGUAGUGAUAACAGUGCAGAAGGAAUGGGCGAGAGGAAAUCCGAGGGAGAAGUUGUGGAUGAUUUAUUUUCUGCCUACAUGAAUUUGGAUAAUAUUGAUGCAUUGAACUCCUCAGGCACUGAUGACAAAACUGGUAAUGAGAAUUUUGAGGAUUUGGAUAGUAGAGCUAGUGGAACUAAAACAAAUGGAGCUGAUAGCAGUGAUAAUGAAGCAGAAAGCAGCGUGAAUGAAGGCGAUAACAACACACAGAGAGUCAGGGUGAGUUCCUCCACCAAGAAGAGAGAAGGGCUUAAAAGGAGUGCUGGCGGAGAUAUUGAUCCAACCACCAGACACUACAGAAGUGUUUCCAUGGAUAGUUUUAUGGGAAAGUUGAAUUUUGGUGAUGAAUCACCGAAACACCCACCUUCUCCUGGAGCUCGUCCUGGACAGUUAUCUCCCAGUAAUUCAAUUGAUGGAAAUUCAGCUGCCUUCAGCUUGGAAUUUGGGAAUGGUGAAUUUAGUGGGCCUGAACUGAAAAAAAUUAUGGCGAACGAGAAACUUGCUGAGGUUGCAUUAACUGACCCGAAGCGUGCAAAAAGAAUUUUGGCAAAUCGUCAGUCAGCUGCUCGUUCGAAAGAGCGGAAGAUGAGAUACAUUUCAGAGUUGGAACACAAGGUCCAGACACUGCAAACAGAAGCUACCACAUUGUCUGCUCAGCUUACGCAUUUGCAGAGAGACUCCAUUGGGCUGACAAACCACAAUAAUGAGUUGAAAUUUCGUCUUCAAGCCAUGGAGCAACAGGCACAACUUCGUGAUGCUUUAAAUGAAGCACUGACAGCCGAGGUUCGACGGUUGAAGCUUGCUACUCAAGAGAUGAGUGGGGAUUCCGACCCUUCCAAGUGCAUGCAACAGCUUCCUAUUAACCCCCAGAUAUUCCAGCUGCAGCAGCAGGCUUCCCUACUCAACAUUCAUCAGUUGCAACCACAGCAGCAGCGGCCAUCUUCUUCCCAAGCUAACAAUCAACAGCAACAGCAGCAAAAUGGCACCACAACAACAAAAUCUGAAGGAAAUUAAUGAGAACAAGUGGAAGUUGCUGAUACCCACGUAUUUAUCUUCUGCAUUCACAUCUCAGCACAUUUAUUAAUUAGUUUUGCAGGUAUAAAUGAUCCCGCUUUGCAAAUCGAGCUUGGAUCAUCGCAUCAAGUUACAUAAAAUCUUUGAUAUAUUUAUAUCUAUAUCUAUAUAUAUAUAUACAUUUGUUAUUUAUACCUAUAGCUUCUAUUUAUUUAUCCUAGCGUAUGUCACGUGGAAUCAUUGCUUAGACAUUUAUGUUGUGUUAUGACAUUAGAAGAGGUAAUAAACUCUUCAAGCUUUGCUUAUUUCUUUAAAAGUGGUUUUUAUUUAUUUCA